AUGGCGGAGCGCGUUCAGCAACCCCCAGCUAAACGGCUCUGCUGCCGACCCGGCUAUAAUCCGGCAUGUAGACAGGGACAGAGGGCCGGAGGAGCCUUAUGUGGCGGUCAGGGUACUGCCCAAGGGGGGUCGGGCAAAACUCAGAGCCCGGAGUCCCUGCUGGACAUCGCGGCGCGGAAAGUAGCGGAGAAGUGGCCCUUCCAGAGGGUGGAGGAGCGCUUCGAGCGGAUCCCGGAGCCCGUCCAGAGGCGGAUCGUGUACUGGUCAUUCCCCCGGAGCGAACGGGAGAUCUGCAUGUAUUCGUCCUUCAACACGGGCGGGGAGGAGAGCGGAGCCGCCGGGGAAAACAGCGACGAGACGCGGCUGCCUUUCCGACGGGGGAUCGCUCUGCUGGAAGGCGGCUGUGUGGACAACGUCCUGCAAGUCGGGUUCCACCUCAGCGGCACGGUAACGGAGCCGGCGACGUCGUCAGAACCCGAGACCGUGUGCAACGUGGCCAUCAGCUUCGACCGCUGCAAGAUUACCUCAGUGACCUGCGGCUGCGGCAACAAGGACAUCUUCUACUGUGCCCAUGUGGUGGCGCUGUCCCUGUACCGGAUCCGGCAGCCGGACCGGGUCAAGCUGCACCUCCCCAUUUCAGAGACGCUCUUUCAAAUGAGCCGGGACCAGCUGCAGAAGUUCGUACAGUAUCUGAUCACAGUACAUCACACACAGGUGUUGCCCACUGCACAGAAGCUGGCUGAUGAGAUCCUCUCCCAGAAUUCUGAGAUCAAUCAAGUGCAUGGGGCUCCGGACCCCACGGCGGGCGCCAGCGUGGACGAUGAGAACUGCUGGCACCUGGAUGAGGAGCAGGUCCAGGAGCAGGUGAAGCUCUUCCUGUCGCAAGGGGGCUACCACGGCUCUGGAAAGCAGCUCAACCUCUUGUUUGCCAAGGUCCGGGAGAUGCUGAAGAUGCGGGACUCCAAUGGGGCACGCAUGCUGACCCUGAUCACAGAGCAGUUCAUGGCUGACCCCCGCCUCUCCCUCUGGAGGCAGCAGGGUACCACCAUGACCGACAAGUACCGGCAGCUCUGGGAUGAGCUAGGUGCUCUGUGGAUGUGUAUAGUCCUCAACCCGCACAGCAAACCUGAGCAGAAGAGCUGCUGGCUCAGGCAGCUCAAGAAGUGGAACAGCGUGGACGUGUGCCCCUGGGAAGAUGGUAACCAUGGAAACGAACUGCCCAAUUUAACCAACUCUUUGCCUCAGGGCGCCCAUGCAAACCAAGAUUUGGCGAGCAGGCCUCAUCGGACAGUUUUCACAAGGGCCAUUGAAGCGUGCGAUCUCCACUGGCAGGACAGUCACUUGCAGCACAUUAUCAGCAGCGACCUCUACACCAACUACUGUUACCACGACGACACUGAAAGCUCGCUCUUCGAUUCCCGAGGCUGGCCCAUGUGGCAUGAGCACGUACCAACGGCCUGCGCCAGGGUGGACGCUCUGCGGUCUCACGGUUACCCCCGGGAGGCGCUGAGACUGGCCAUCGCCAUUGUCAACACCCUGCGCCGCCAGCAGCAGAGACAGCUGGAGCUCUUCCGACAGCACAAGAAAGAGCUACUGCACAAAGGCGUCACCUCCAUUACAAACACUGAGGGGUGGGUUGGUCAUCCGCUGGACCCUAUCGGGACCCUCUUCAGCACUCUGACGGAGAGGGAGACAGGCUGGGCCUCUGAUGACUGCUCGCCGGGGUUCCUGGAUCUCUCAGAUUCCAUGGGCAUGGCAAAGUGUUCAGACCCCCAGCUGUGCCCACCAGCACGUCUCUUGGAGGAGGGCGAGUCAUAUCUGGCUCUGGCUGUGGAAACUGCUCUUCUAGGCCUUGGCCAGCAGAGGAGCAUGCCCGAUGGGCUCUAUGCCCAAGAGAAGGUCUGCCGCAAUGAGGAGCAGCUCAUUGCCCGCCUCCAAGAGGUGGAACUCAACGACUCGCUCAUCAAGAUAUUCCGCAAGCAGGCUGUCUUCCUGUUGGAAGCUGGGCCCUACAGUGGUCUUGGGGAAACCAUCUACAGAGAGAGCGUUCCAAUGCACACUUUCGCCAAGUAUCUCUUCACUUCCCUGCUACCUCACGAUGCUGAACUUGCAUACAAAAUUGCACUGAGAGCAAUGCGGUUACCGGUGCUGGAGUCUACGGCCCCCACAGGGGACCUCUCCCGGCCCCAUCACAUGGUCUCCGUAGUUCCCAACCGUUACCCCCGAUGGUUCACCUUGAGCCACAUCGAGUCGCAGCAGUGCGAGCUGGCUUCGACCAUGCUCACUGCUGCCAAAGGUGAUGCUCGGAGGCUAGAAACGGUCCUGGAGUCCAUCCAGAAGAACAUCCACUCCUCGUCGCACAUCUUCAAGCUGGCCCAGGAUGCGUUCAAGAUCGCUACGCUCAUGGACAGCUUGCCGGACAUCACCCUCCUCAAAGUGUCUUUGGAGCUGGGCCUUCAGGUGAUGAGGAUGACGUUGUCGACACUGAACUGGCGGCGCCGUGAAAUGGUUCGAUGGUUAGUUACCUGUGCCACCGAAGUGGGUGUCUAUGCCCUAGACAGCAUCAUGCAGGGCUGGUUCACACUCUUUACACCUACGGAGGCCACCAGCAUUGUGGCCACCACCGUAAUGUCCAGCAGUACCAUUGUCCGGCUGCACCUGGAGUGCCACCAGCAGGACAACCUGGCCAGCAGCGCCAGGACCCUGGCCCUGCAGUGUGCCAUGAAGGACCCGCAGAAUUGCGCCCUGUCUGCCCUCACGCUCUGCGAAAAGGACCACAUUGCUUUUGAGACGGCUUACCAGAUCGUGUUGGACGCCGCCGCCACAGGCAUGAGUUACACGCAGCUGUUCACCAUCGCGCGCUACAUGGAGCACCGUGGUUACCCGUUGCGAGCCUACAAGCUGGCCACGCUGGCUAUGACACACCUGAACCUGAGCUACAACCAGGACACGCACCCUGCCAUCAACGACGUGCUCUGGGCCUGCGUCCUGAGCCACUCGCUGGGCAAGAAUGAGCUGGCCGCCAUCAUCCCCCUGGUGGUGAAGAGCGUGAAGUGCGCCACGGUGUUGUCGGACAUCCUGCGGCGCUGCACGUUGACUACGCCGGGGGUGGUGACCCUGCACAGCCGCAGGAACUCUGGCAAACUGAUGUCGCUGGACAAAGCCCCGCUGAGGCAACUUCUGGACGCCACCAUCGGGGCCUAUAUCAACACGACGCACUCCCGGCUCACCCACAUCAGCCCGCGGCACUAUAGCGAGUUCAUCGAGUUCCUCAGCAAGGCCCGGGAGACUUUCCUCAUGGCCCACGAUGGACACAUCCAGUUCACGCAGUUCAUCGAUAACCUGAAGCAGAUCUACAAAGGCAAAAAGAAACUCAUGAUGCUUGUCCGAGAGAGGUUUGGCUGAUGAGGCCAUCAGCUUCACGCGUCAAUUUUUUUUUUUUUUUUUCCUUGAGCCUGCCUUUGUACCCCUUUUGACUUAAAAUGGACAGAAAAGGAAAAUAAGGACAGGAAGCUAUAAGGAGAAACCACCACAGAGCCACACCGGUAUUACUAUGUGUAUAGAACCGUUUGUUUUGCGAAAGAAAAGGAAAAAAAACUGUCAUGUCGUGAAAGUUUGUGUUUGUUCAUUCAUUUGUACGGGGGGUGGGUGUAAAAUGAGGAAGAGAAACAAAAUGUUUUCUUUCAGUUUAUACUGAGUAUAUGUUGUCCAGUGGCAAAAGCCCACGUUCGGUAGCUCUCCUGUUAUUGCCGUGAUAAACAUUCACAGCCUCAAAGAAAAGAAAAGAAAAGAAUACGGCUUUAAACCAAACAGAAAAAAAUAACGCCUCCAUCCUAAGGGACAAGUACCUCGUAUGGAUCCAGCUUUACUCCCACAUAACUCACUCAGUUUUGCAUAGCAGUCUGCUGACAGAAAAGUGUUACGGUCAAAGUACACCGAUUUAAUUGAGUAAAACACUAUGAUUUCCGGUUCCAGGGUUCGACUGCGUGGCUUUUCCUGUGCCGUCAGUUCAGAAGCGGGGCACUGACAUCACACGUGUGGAAACUUUAGCGACUGUCAACAUACAUUCUCAGGGAUUUCUCUAAAAAAGAAAAAAAAAGAAAAAAAAGAAAAGAAAAAAUGGAAAAGAAUGAGAGCAUUUAUUGUACUGUACAUAUUAUAGUAUAUGUCUGAAUACUGAGAGAAGAAAGGUAUACAUUAACUAAUUUAUAAAGAAUAUUCUAUGUAAUGCAAAAUACUUGAAUCUGCAGUAGCUUGGUUUUUACACAGAACAUAUCAGAAGGACUAAACUGGCCUUGCUUCUCGGGGGGCUGGCUGGGGUGGGGGCAGUCUCUGCUGGGCACCUAUGCAGAGUCACUUUGUCAAAUUGCAUGAUCUGAUUGGUAUGUAUGUAAGAAAUACAGCUAAAGCCGAUUUUGUAGCCGUAUACAAAUGUACUUCUUCUGGCUUAUACAGGUUCGCGGUUUUGGAACGGGCACCGUAGAUGAACGAGGGACAACCGGAGGCCGAGCAGAGCAGCGAGCCUUAGCGUGAGGAGAAAAGAGGGGGUUAGAGAGCGAGAGGAAGAGAGAGCGCGAUGGAGAGAGGAAAAAGACUGUGACGCCCGCGGACGGUUUCGCCCUACGCGGCUGCGACGUCGAUCCUAGCGAAACCUUGUCGCUACCGUAGUUCUCCGUUGAAACCGAAAUUGUGUGCCGUAGAUUUGGCCUGUCCGCCUUGUUUUGCGCGUCCCCCUCCUUUGCAGUGCAGCAGCAAUAGUCUACAAGUUCCAUUUAUGCACAAUAGCACAUCGCAUACCCCCACGGUAGAAGACGCAGCGUCCUCUCAACGUUGCCGUGACCUGCAAGCACUGUGGUUACGCUGCGACGACGCCACCGCAACGAUGCCGGAGCAACGCGUGUCGGCCGGACACCCGUUCUGCUAGUAUCUUAACUCUGUGCAGGACUGGAAGUUGCUAUGUAGAUCUGACUGUUCUAUUUUUCAUGCUUUUCUCUCUACUUUUUACUUAUUUUGUUCUCUGGAAUUCCUCGAACAAGAACAGCCUUCUUUCUUGCCUUGUCUUAACGCUUUAAAAUAACCAAACUGGAGUUCUAACUACCAAACCUGUUCAUUAAAUGAAAGCCAACCAACUUUGGUUACAACUUUAGUGUCUUUAAUUUUAGCUGGAUGGUUCUGUAUCUCGUGCUUUUAAAAAGCUUUUUUACGUUCAUGGUGGAAAUGUUGUCUUGUGUCUCUUGUUCCCUCCAUUAGAGGAUUUCCUAGAGGAUUGUUCGUAGCUUUUUUCGUUUAGGAAACGAAAUAUCAUGUUCUCCAUUUUAUUUAUUAUAAUAGGUAAAAGAUUGUACUUCAUCUCCCAUGUAAACAUGCUCAUGAAGUUGAAAUUAAGAUUUGAUACGCCGAUAUCAAUUUAUUUAUGUAACUAAAUCACUGUUUUAUAAACUUGUUAAUGAUUGAA